CUCGUGCAAGUAAUAUCAAAUCAAACCAAAUCAAACCAACGCACACCAGAAGUUCGAAUCAAAGACUCAUGAUCUAGGAGGAGGCACGCUGGAGAAAGACAUCCCGCAACACGCACAUCCCACACUUGUUCCAUUCUUGCACCCACACCCAGCGAUCCAUGUCGCCAGGGGUGAACCACCCCCCUUCUUCUCCUUCCUUCGUGUACCCUUUUUCCUGUCUCUGUGACGACCUGGUUUGCUCUCUGCUCGCUCGCCUUGUCUUUCCCAUCACACCCCCCUCCCAUAUCGGGAGCUCCACAGGCCCAGGUGAUGCUCCUUAUUUCCCUUUCGCCGGUCUCUUGUUCAUCGAUUUUCUCCACUGCCCAUAUGUCCGUCUGCCCGUUUCUUUUGACUCUGGGUCGUCAAAACCCCUCCCUACUGAAUUACGCCGUAUGCCCUGCGCUUUUCAAUCCGAGGCGUUUUGGAUUCCCAUACAGAGUACUCUGUACAGAACUUGACAACUCGAAUCUCAGGACGCCCAGUGCCACCACCACCACCAACGCCGCCAGUGGCCACCGCACCCUGCCCGGCCCCCAGUCAGCCCAGCUCAGCCCAGUUCAUCAUCAUCACCGGGGCGCCCCCAUCCCUGGCUCGCGCGCGCCCGUGUAUGUGUUUGUGUGUGUCCUCGGAAAGGGUCUACCCUGACACUCUUCUGCUCAGGGCUCUCUCUCUCUCUCUCUGCUUCUCUCUAAGUCGUCUCCCCUAAAAGAGUCACAGUCCACCAAGAAGAACAGCAACGGCGGUAACGGCAAUAGCAGCAACAACACACACACACACACACACACACACACACACCCCCUCCCCUACUAUUUAGGCCACUCGUACCGGGUUCAGAUCGCCACUUGUGCCGUCACGUCAGAACCUCCCCCCCCGCAACCUUCUUUUCCCUCUAAAAGACCACCCCCCCUACCGACUGCCUGCCUUUUCCCCUUCAAAGAGCCUCUUCCGCACACCCUCCCUCCCCCUUCCCCAUUCCCUCUGAUCUGUUUGAACCCUAUCCUACCUUGCCUUGAACCAUCCCGCCAGAACGCCAUACCGCAAUGGCGCUAUAACUGUGCAAGGCCUGAUCACUUGGCCGCCGUCGGAACAAUUCUCCUGCAGCGUAUCCGUUCUACAUCCAUACCCAUUCGCGGCUGUUCUUCCACAGCACCAACACUAUCGACACCGUAUUUCCCACUCCUACACUAACCAUGCUCGACAAGAGGAGCAACGACGGCGCUACAUCCGUCCACUACACCAUGAAGACUUCCCAUUCAGCGCCCAGGCCCUCGCCGGGCCUGCGAUCUUCCCACAGCCACUCGCACUCGCAAUCCAAACUCGCAGUCCCUGCGGCAAAGAGCCCGAAGCCCUCUACACCAGCCGCAUCCCCCAGGAUGCCUUAUUCCGUCGGCCAGUCGAUGCCUCCCCAGAAGCUUUCUCCUGCGAGACAUUCGGAGUCGAGAGCUGCGAGUCCAAACUACUUCGGCCUCGUCGUCGAACAGUCGGCCGACCCCAGAGAUUCCUCCGCCAUGCCACGAGACAACUGGAGCUCCCCGACCUCGUCCGUCAAGUCGUUCGGCACUGCGCUGCCCAAGCAGGUCCCCAUCGAUGCCAACCCCGAUUACGAGGCCUUCAAACGCCAGGCCGACCUGAAUCGUGGCAUCGGCUUCAGCCUCUCCUCUUCUCACUUCCCCCAAGCGCCCCCAAACCCCACGACGCUUCGUCCUCGCCCCCCGAGGUGGAACACCCAUGCCAGCGACACUGGCUCCGAAUUACCCAUGUCUAGAGUGAACAAAGACCGACCUAUGAGCCGCAUGGAGGUUGAUCACCAGAGCUCUCACGACUCGGCCUACGUCUCGUCAGAUUCGAAGCGCAACUCGCAAGCCUCGAUACAGCCACCCGCCAUUUUGAACCUGAACUUGCCAAGAUUCGAGUCACCGACGCAAUCGGAUUCGCCUUUCGAUCGUAGAACAACAUUAUCCAAUGUCGAGGACCGCCAUCCGAGGCUGUCCAUCUCGCAGAACAAGGUCGAUGGCCCGACGCCGAGCAAUGCUAGAACAAACCAUCCGCGAGCCGAGACGCUGCCGCCGACCAUGGAAAGCGGCCCAUCUUUGAUAACUCCAUCGCAACUGAGAGAUUUGAUCGAGACUGAUGACUCCGCGGGCGACCUGCUGCUUCUGGAUCUGAGAGUUUCUCAGCAGUACGCGCAAGCCCGGAUCGAAGGCGCGCUUAACCUUUGCAUUCCAACGACGCUACUGAAGCGAGCCACUUUCAACUUGGAGAAGCUGCAGAAGACAUUCCAAAGUCCCGACAUGGAAGAGCGGUUCUCGAAGUGGAAGUCGACCAAGCACCUUGUCGUCUAUGAUGCGUAUUCGGCAGAAAAGCGUGACGCUGUUUCGUGUAUGAACAUGGUAAAGAAGUUCACAAAUGAGGGGUACACGGGCGGCAUGUACAUCCUGCGGGGUGGCUUCAACGCCUUUGCGGAUGCGUAUCCCGAGCUCGUGGAUGAGGGGUACGGUCCCUUGGCGAGCGGCAGUUCCCCAGCGGCAGCCAAUGAUGAAAGUCGGCCCGGAAUCGCGCCCGUUAUUGGAGGCGUGAUGCUGCCCAUGGCUCAGAACAACGCCAACCCUUUCUUCUCCAACAUCCGUCAAAACAUGGACCUCGCCGACGGCGUCGGUCAGCUGGACGUUGCUCGGCCCGCGGGCUUGGAGUCGCCAACAUUGCCCCGAUGGCUACGAGACGCUUCCAAGCCGAGUGACCACGGCAAACAGGUAUCGGAGAAGUUUUUGAAUAUUGAAAGAGCUGAGCAGUCACGGAUGAAGGCUGCAUACUCUAUGUUUGGCGGAGGUGAGAAGGACAAGAGCGUCCCACAGCUUUGUGGCAUCGAAAAGGGUGGCAAGAACCGGUACAAGGACAUUCUACCUUUCGAGCACGCCCGAGUCAGACUGCAAAGCCGGUCCGAAGGCGCAUGCGACUACGUCAAUGCUAGCCACGUAAAAGCAUCGAGGAGCAACAAGCGAUAUAUUGCUACCCAGGGCCCUCUCCCAGCAACUUUUGAGGAUUUCUGGUCCGUUGUCUGGGAACAGGACGUUCGAGUGGUCGUCAUGCUGACCGCCGAGUCGGAAGGUGGCCAGCUCAAGUGCCACCCGUAUUGGCAAGGCAGAGAUUUUGGCUCCAUCAAACUGAAGCCGCUGUCGGAGAAGAAAGUGUCGCUUGAUUUCGACAGGCAUCGCACCAACCAGGGAUCGAGUGCGCCAUCAGCGGCAGCCGCUGCUGAAGCUGGCCGUCGCCGUGCCAACACGACAACCACUCUGGAGGCUUCGAAUGUCACCGCCUCGCCCAUGCCGGCACAGGGAGAGACGCCAUAUGUCAUCGUCCGGAAGUUUGCUCUGUCUCACGCUUCGCACCCGUUCGCCCCCAUGCGUGAGAUAACUCAUCUGCACUAUCCAUCCUGGCCAGAUUUUGGCGCCCCUGCUCAGCCGUCUCAUCUGUUGGCCUUGGUGGAGAUGGCCAAUGUCAUGCAACGGUCGGCGAGGCCUGUCGACACUUCCUCAGUAACUGCCUCUGGAACAUCUCCCGAGCCUGGCUCUGUCGCUUGGUAUGAUGAGCCGGAGAUGGAUCAGAGGGCAAGACCGAUGCUGGUACACUGCUCAGCAGGAUGUGGCCGAACCGGAACCUUCUGUACAGUAGACACUGUUAUCGACAUGCUUAAGCGUCAGCGGCUCGCAAAGACGAACACAAAGCCGGUCAGGAAGCGGGACUCGGAUGGAGACAUCAAAAUGAGCGGACAAUCCGAGGAACCGUCUCCUCGUGAGAAGACAUUUGAUUUCAACCCCAGCAGCCGUCGCCAGAGUGCCGAUGCGCGGCGGAACUCACCGGAUAAGACUCCAUUGGAUACGGCAUGGGUGGCGGAUGACAGCGAUACUAUGGACCUCAUCCAGAAAACUGUGGAGGAUUUCCGGAACCAAAGACUGAGUAUGGUACAAAGCCUGCGCCAAUACGUCUUGUGCUACGAGACGAUUGUUGAGUAUGUGUGGCGAGUGCAUGAGAAGAAUUCGAGCUUGAACAAGGCCGGAAGAGCUCGAAGUGGAAGCUUGCAGAUCAGAGGGGACAACUAAUUACGAUUCGUCCAUCGACAGGAAUGGUUGGGACAGCGGAGAGACUCGUGUGGAAUCGUCAAGCGAUACCCUUAUGAACGGCGGAAGGAUGCUAGCAUCAGCGAGUAAUGGGAAGCAUUCUGCAUUUUUGUUUUUCGACGGCAACAGGCAACACCAGAUACACUGACCCAGGGUACAGGGCCAUGGGUCAUGGGGCAUGAUGUUGGGCGUUGGGGAUAUCUUGAGCUGCAUUUAUUCACGAUACAUGGGUUUACUCGAACAUGUGCCCAAUGGCACCGGCAUGUUGGGAUGCGGCUGUGAUCGAUCCCUGGAAUUGUACAACUAGAGGCGAUGGGUGAACAAGACAAAGAAAGCAUGAGAUGUCUGCUUCGGCGGGUGUCUCGUUGACCAUGACUAUC